CCGGCACUGAAGACAAGGCUGCCUGUGUUGUAAGCACCUCUAAGAGACCUUGAUCAAGAAAAUGGCUUUUGCAAGGUUGGCAGGGUUGUUCAGGGGCCAGAUGUUGUUGAGGGCCCUCUGUCUCAUCUUCAUGGGUAUGUUCCUUUCUUUUUUCCUUUGGGAAACUGGCUCCAGGAGCAAGUCGAUGUCUGCUCUCAGCAUACCACAGCAGUUCUCCAUUGACCUGCCCGGGUGCUCAGCUAUCCUCACUGGAGACGUAGAGGGCAAGAAACAUGAAUUAGAAGUGCUUCUGGCAUCCAGGAAAAGGCAGAAAAUUUUGUCUGAGGAUUUCUACCUGAAUGCGACAAAGGACUGUCCAGCUUACAUUGAAGAGAGAGGUUUCAUUUCGGUACCUCUCAGUGAAGAGGAGAAUGAUUUUCCCAUUGCCUACUCCAUGGUGAUCCACGAGAAGAUUGAGAUGUUUGAGCGACUUCUACGAGCCAUUUACGCUCCUCAGAACAUAUACUGCGUGCAUGUGGACCAAAAAUCCGCGAAAGAAUUUCAGCAGGCUGUGAAGGCUAUUGUUUCAUGUUUUCCCAACGUGUUUGUAGCCAGUAAAUUAGAAAAGGUGGUGUAUGCCUCGUGGUCCCGUGUGCAGGCAGACCUCAACUGCAUGAAAGAUCUGUUGAACUCACACAUCCAGUGGAGGUACCUGCUCAACACCUGUGGGACAGACUUCCCCAUCAAAACCAAUGGAGAGAUGGUUAAGGCACUGAAGGCCUUAAACGGAAGAAACAGCAUGGAGUCUGAGGCCACCAGUGACUACAAGAAAGGCCGCUGGCAGUAUCAUUACAAUGUCACCAACAGUAUCAGCCGGACAAAUGUGAGGAAAAGUCCCCCACCCAUUAGCAGUCCCAUGUUCUCCGGGAAUGCCUAUUUUGUGGCGACAAGAGCCUUUGUGAAACACGUGAUUCAGGACAGAGAGGUUCAGAAAUUUCUAGAGUGGGAGAAGGACACAUACAGCCCUGACGAGCACUUGUGGGCCACUCUGCAGAGGAUGCCCUCUGUGCCCGGAUCAGUGCCUGUCAACAACAAGUAUGAUGUGUCAGACAUGCAAGCCUUCGCACGUGUGGUGAAGUGGAGCUAUUUAGCAGGUGACAUGAAAAAUGGAGCCCCAUACUAUCCUUGCACUGGUGUUUACAGACGAGCUGUUUGUGUGUACGGAGCUGGUGACCUCCAGUGGCUCCUGAGACAACAACACCUCUUUGCAAAUAAGUUUGAUCCUGAGAUUGAUGAUAUUGCCAUUAGAUGUAUGGAGACGGUACUGCGUUUCAAAGCUUUAGGCCAUGACCCACUGUUAACAGAUCAAUUUUCUGACACGUUUUAAUGCUUAUAGUCAUUUGAAAGGUAAAAUAUAAUAUUUAAAAAUGCUACAUAGUUAUAUUAUGUUUGUAUAGAAGUCAUAUUAAUUUAUUGUCAAACUUGUUAAGCAGCUACUGAAAUGUACUGUUCAUUUUCACAACCUUAUGUGUUGUAACAGGAAUUUUCAAAAUAUUCUGUGGCUGUUCUUGUGUAAGUUUUUCAAAUAUUCUGUGCAUUUUAUUAUUAUUGUCAAGUCAUUGAUAUGGAUCUUGUUAUAAAGUUCUAAUAAUAUUCUAUGACUUGACUUCUAUGAUUUCAAUGAAGUCUGGACUUUACUGUACUUUCUGUAGAUUACUUGUAGUAAUUAACGUACGUGAUUAUUAUUUGAAUCUUGUCAAAUAUACUAACCAUUUGGUCACUACAUAGUUUUUGUGCUAUCUUGGUGCCACAGGAAAACUGGCAUUACAUUGAACAAAAACAUAAAACAAUGAUGUGGAGUAAUGUCCCCCUUCUUCAUUCGUGAAUAAACAAGUUGAUGAUUUGACAUAAAGCUGGUAAAAAAUAAAUCUAGACCUGUUGUAGUCAGAGCAACAAGCCCUGAAGCUCAAGUCUACAAAAGUGUGGCUUAUUGACAGUUAGCUGGAUCAUGACUAACAUGUUUUAUGUCUUGCUUUCUUAGAUUUAUGAUAAA